CAGCAUUUUCCAGCACUGAGAAUUCUUUCGACUAGUUUUUUCGUUUCGUCAACUGGACGACAAUAAUAAUAAUAUUGAUACGUUCCCAAACCAUUUUAAGAAUAUUUAUAGAGAAAAAUGAGUACGGCUCGUUUUGCCCGUUCGGGGCGCGUUCGAAUCUGCAUACUGAUGAGCAUGUUUGUGGUGCUCCUUAUGAUGAUUGUCAUUUACCACAUGUCCCAACAGCAACUGGACGAGACUCGAGCUUUUCGCUUACGUUGCGAACAAACCCAGGAAGGAUUAAACACACAGCUGCAAUCACUCACCGUCGAUAAAUUGACCGCACAGAAAAAGUUGGAAGCGAUGCGCACCGAAAAGCAAACCGUGCAGGACGAUUACGAGAAGCAACAGGAAGCGGAACGUUCUUUGCAACAGAAAUACGACGUGCAAGUGAGCAAGUACAAGCUACUCAAUGACGAGCACGCCGAACUACAGGCAGAAUGUGCCAAAAGCAAGACGCAAUUGCAACAGCUCCGACAGGACUCGGCUGCCUUGAAGGCCAAGUACGAGGCACUACUAACGGAAUCGGCGCACAAGAGCCGCACGCUGGAAGCGAAGAUUACCGAAUUAAAGGCUCAGUGCAAAGUGGAGUCACAACAACAGCAGCAGCAGCAACAGCUGAUUAAGCCAGUCGAAUCGUUGUCACCGGAGACGACACCAGCACGUCGCUCGAGUCCCGCGCAGCUGGCGCACAGCAUCGAGAAGCCGCGCAACGAAAAGUCAUUCAACGAGCAAGUGCAAGUGAGUCAAGGGCUGUACAGAAUUGGCGGCAUUGCCAAGCCGAGCCAACAGGCAACUAACCAACAAUCAACAACUAAAACCCAUGGUGUCGGUGUCGUUGCCGAGCAACGGCGGGAAUUGCAACAUCAGCCCAUGCAGCGCUUCGAGGUGCGCAACAAUCACAGCCUCAUACUAAAGUCUGUUGAAAAUUUUCAGAUUGUGCCCAAGUUGCUUAAAACGUUAGCCGAUGACAUUGAUAAACAGCAUCAGCAAGAGCUGCCCAUUUUAGCCGGCGCCGCCGUCGCUGCAGCCGUUUCGCCUCUGAGCGCGCCACGCAAGUCUAGCUCCAGUACUCCAAAUGCAGAGGCAUCGGCAAAUGCGUCUGUGGCGCCCAAGGCCGUUGGCAGCAGCAGCAGCAGUGGACAGCCACCAUUGGCCAUGCCACCGGCCAAGCCAUCGCAUAUAGUUAAAGUAGAACGCAGACUACCCGAGAAUGUGGCACCCAUUCCAGAUAAUUUCGAUGGCAAGGGCGAGCCAGCAGCAGAUAUGGAUACGGCAGCCGAAGAGCUGCCCAAGAACGAUAACAACAAUCGUUAUUUGAAUGUGGUCAAAGAUCUGGAGUCGAACAAAAAUCCUGGUGACUCUGGUGCACAUGAGGUGAAGGAUGCUCUGAAUGAGCAGAACUUCAAUUUGCCCGGCGCUGGGCAUAAUCUAUUUGAUGGCGAUCUUGUGCCAGCACAUGCGGCAGAGGCGGACAAUAAGCUGAUCGCUGCCGAUGCAGCCGCCGUUGGUGGUGGUGUUGGCGGUGGUGAUGAUGAUGACGACGAUAUGCUCGGCGAUGUGGCGGUCAAGCAGCCCCAGCAUUUGCUCGAAAACUUAAACUUAAACAACGAGAUCGCUGGGGAUCAGGGCAAGGAGUUUGCCGAUGCUGUGCACUUGGAGGACGGCAUGGAUGAAGACCAAGAUGAGGAUGACUACAAUGUGCCGGCACGCAAGCAAGGCGCCGAUGCACCCGUUAGAAAUUAGUAGAUCAAAUAAUCCAUUGUUCACAUAUGUAUUUUAUAAAACAACUGCAUCUCUUUUUACAAUAACAAUAACCAGCCACCUUAGUUGUUAAGUUUAGGUCCCAUUUUCAUUACUAUUAGUUUUCUUUCAAAGAGGCAGAAAUUAAAACGUGCUUCUACAAAUUCAUAGAAACAUUUCCACAUUCGCAGCGGCCAAUAGUCAACUGCAAUAUUCAAUUCGAUUUGCUACACUCUCUUAAGCGUUAAGCAUUUUAUUUGGUUUUCAAAUUUCAAUCAAAUUCUUGAUUUGCAUAGUUAUAUAUGUAUAUACAUAUUUAGAAAACUGAACAUUUUAUUUCAUCAUCUUUUUUGAGACAUUAUGAAGCAUUGUAUUAAGAUAUGUGAAAUUAUAUUGUACACUUAAGUUGUUUUUAUCAUUGCUCGCAGUUGGCUGUUCAGGCAUCCAUUUAUCCAACUUGUAGGUGUAUACUUUGUUUUCUGUGAUAAGAAACUUGCUGAGCUGCAUUUUUUCGUUGCUUUAAACAAUUGUGUCUAUACUCAUUCAUAUACAAGAAUAUAUGUUAAGUCGAUUCCCUGGAAUAGUUAUUUAAUUAGCUCUUAAGUGAAGAAUUGAUCGAACAAAAACGUGUCUAAAAAAUGAAACACAGAAUCUUUAUUUGAAGCAUAAUAAAUUGAAUUGCAUAAAUGUUAAUCGUA